UCAGCUGUAUUGUAUACUCUAUUUUUGUACCAUUCUUUUUGAAAUAAGGUGACCAGAUCUAAACACAGUAUUCCAAGUGAGGACAUACCAUCAAUUUGUGUAGUGUAAAUAUUUAAUGUAUUUUUCUAUCCAUUCUUUGUACAGAAAUCCUUAAAAUCCUCUUCCCUCAAGUACUUAAGGGACUGUUCAUGUACUUCAGCUCUGAAGGAAAAUGAAAGGCGGGGUUACUGAAGAACAUCUGUACCUGGCGUACUCCCAUCAAUUUGAAGAUUGCAUCUUUCCUCUCCACACAUCAAUAUCCUUGUUUUUGCUGUCCUACUGUGACUGCAAAUUAUUCAAAGUUUUCUUAGUGCCUGCUAGUGACAGUACAGAUGACCAGUUAUUUGGCAAAGCACAGCCUGAUGACCUAGAGGUCCACUUCAUCUCAAGGUGUCAACUCCCUUUGGUUGUCCAGAGUUGCUGUUUGCCUGCUAUAGUUGAAGAAAAUGGCAAAUUCUGUCGAGCUGGUCUUUCUGUUGUGUUGAGGCACAUAAUACAGAAAACAUAUGAGGUAGAUCCAUCAAAGAAGUUGGUUUUGGAACUUUUGGGGUUUAAAAAGACGUGCCUAAAAGCCUGUGCUGAAGUUAGUCAAUGGACCAGACUUUGUGAGAUCAGCAUCCCUCAGGCUGUUGAGAGCUUAUUGAAUGCGUCUCCCGAUCAGUGUCAGGCCAUUCCACCUGAGGUUUUGCUUCUUGAGAAGAAGCUAGGAGAACCUGUCAGAGUGCACAAUGAUGACAAAAUCCGAAGGCAGAAACUUCAACAGCAAAAGGCAGGUGAUAAGACUGCAGCACCUGCCCUCGCUAAAAGAGCAACAAAAAAUCUUAGCCCAGAAGAAGGAACAAUAGUGGAAAUCAAAGACCAAGAAGAAAGUGCAAGUUUGGAACUGAAAGUAGCUUUCUCAAAAUUAGUUGUGCAGGAAAUACCUGCUACAACCAACAGGGAGCCCUCGCACAUCAGGAAAACAAAAACCUCUGAUCUCCCACCUCUGGAGCAUGUUUUUGCUGAGGGGCUUUAUUUCACUCUGGCAGAUGUAGUGCUUUUGCCAUGCAUCCAUCAAUUCUUGGUUUUCAUCAAGAAACACAACAAAAAGCUAUUAGAUUUGCCUCUGAUAUCCAGUUGGUACAACAGAGUUCAGGAAGUGCUUGGAGUAAAGAGUGCUGCUGCCAAGUGCAAUAUGCUGUUUCUCCAAUUUCCAGAUUUGCCGUCUUUCCCAGAUGAGCAGCUGAGAGACUUCUAUACAAUUCCUGAUGACUUAGAGGAAGAACAUGAAGAUUAUCAGUUUAUAGGCGGUCCAAGGCCAACCAUGACAAAGUUAAUGGAAAGCGGUAUUGAAGCAAAGUUUUCUCCUCAUCCCUGCCCUAGGUGGACCCUAGAUUGGAACAGUCUACCAGCAGCAGUCAGUCCUGGAGAAGGAAAGAUGUCCAGUGAUCGUGCUCUGAGGAAACAGCAGCAAUUGAAUAAUCUGGUGUCCAUGGUGACAAAAUUAUCUAAACCCGGAGAUGUGGUUGUGGAUUUUUGCAGUGGAGGGGGCCAUGUAGGAAUUGUUCUUGCUCACAUGUUGCCAUCAUGCCAGGUGGUGCUGAUAGAAAAUAAGGAGUUGUCAUUGGUACGUGCUAAAGACAGAAGUGAUGAAUUAGGAUUACAGAAUAUUUGGUUCGUUCAAGCAAACCUGGACUAUUUUAAAGGAACUUUUAAUAUUGGGGUGGCUCUGCAUGCUUGUGGCGUGGCAACAGAUAUGGUGAUUGAGCACUGCAUCAAGGCUCAUGCAGCCUUUGUCAUCUGCCCUUGCUGUUAUGGUUUCAUUCAGAACACAGUGAAAUUUACAUUUCCACGAAGUCAUCGGUUCAAGGAAGUUUUAUCCUAUAAGGAGCACAUGAUUCUUUGCAGAUUUGCAGAUCAGACCGCUGUUCAGCUUCCACCCGAACGCAGACUAAUAGGAAAACACUGUAUGGGGCUGGUGGAUCUGGAUCGGGCAUGGGCUGCAGAAGGAUGCAACUACUCUGUCCAAGUGAUGUCCAUGGAGCCAGAAAGUUGCUCUCCAAAGAACAACAUGGUAGUGGGUGUCCCUAUUUAGGUUAAGAGAUUUAUAUUUGAUUUUAAUUUGGGCAUCAAUUAUGAACAAUGCCAGGGGUUCAAACUUCUGGGAAGCAGACAUCAAACAUCCUGAAUCCCUGGUCUUCAGAAAAGGAAGUAGCAGGAAAAGGGUUGGAAAGUUGGCUGCCUACAGAGCAUCACAAAUCCUACUUGUAAUAUGUUAUUAAAUGACUGCUGGCUUUCAUAAUGAGAAUCCUCUGAAGCAUUCACCUGCCUACAGAGUAAUAUCCACCAGGAAUGAAAUGUUUUAUUUGUCCUUAAUUGAAAUGUGUUGUUUCCAUUUUGAGCAUUUAAUGUUUUUAAUAAAAUUAAAGGAAAUUUUGAAAUAAAAAGUAAUUUUGAAUCAAAAGAUCAAAAUGUUUUAUUUAAAAAAUGUCAAAACAAAACAUUUAGAUAUUUUAGAUUUUUUUAAAACAAAAUAAUGUUGGCAAAAUUGACACGAAUUCACAAAAUGUGUUUGUCGCUGAAUCUGCAUUAUUCACCAAAAAAAGAUGACACCUAUAUGCCUGAUACCUCACCGCUAACCUUGGCAAGGAUUGCUAUUCAUCUUAGAUUGAGAAACUCAUUGCCAGUGCUGGCUGAUGUCUGUGCCAUUCCUAAAACAAGUAAUGGUUAUAUUUGGAAAUGCUGAAUUUUUAUCUGUCAUCUUCACUUAUUUUUACUAAAUUUAAAAUUUGUACACAGUUGCAUUAUGGGAACCCUGUGAAAAUAUCAACCAUAUAUAUGUUACAGUAAAAGGAAAAUGAACCUCUUGUGUAGUAGCAUCUUUAUAUCCUAAUUUAAAUUAGUAGCAU